AUGGGAAAAAGUGGUUCAUGCAAUAGAACAGAGUCCAAUCAACCUCUCGUUGACUUUCAAAGCCCCCAGCUGAUGACAGAAAAGAAAUUGAGACGAUCAACAAUGAGUCAACAUAACCUUUGGUCAAAACAAGAAACCGGAUUAAGCUUGAAUAAAAAGCAGGCUGCCUACGGAUCAAUCUCAAUAAAAACUCCAGAAUCUGUUAGUGCGGAGGAGCGAGUAAACCAGUUGGGAUACAAACAAGAGCUCCAAAGAAAGCUAUCAUCAUUUGCAACAUUCGGCCUUGCAUUCACCAAUAUCGGAAUUCUAUCAAAUGCUUCUGCCACCUUCCAGACAGUGUUGCAACGCGGUGGACCAGUCACGAUGCUGUUGAGCUGGAAUAUUGUAGCUGGCUUCAUGCUCUGUGUUGCCCUCUCUCUCUCCGAAAUCUGCUCUCUUUAUCCUUUGAGUGGAGGAUUAUACUACUGGGUUUAUGAACUUCUUCAUAUCCAUCCACGCGCCAAGUCACACGCUCCUCUUCUUGCCUUUGUAACCGGCUGGAUCUAUACAAUGGCGAAUGUUAUUUCUAUUAGUGCAACCAAUGUGACAGUAGCCUUAUCUGCCGGAACAAUCAUGAAGAUUACGUAUGGUAUCCCAUUGUCAAAGUUGGCUUUGAUGCUUGUCACCCUUAUCAUCACAUUCUUCCAGGCCAUAAUGAACAUGCGUGGUCUGGGUGGUCUGGCAUUAAUGAAUCAAUUGAGUGUAUUUUGGUCCUGCGCUGGUCUCAUUGCUAUAAUCGCCGUUCUGUCUAUAUUUGCCCCUCAUCAGGCUGCUUCUUGGGUUUUUACCCAUUAUGAGAACGACACUGGAUUUGAAGACCCAACAUAUGUGUUUAUUCUGGCCAUGAUUGGUGCUGCUUACUCCCUCUUCGGGUGUGAAAGUGCAGCUUCAGUAAAUGAGGAAACAGUUGAUGCAGAUGUUUCAUCUCCUCUUGCAAUGACAAUGUCCAUUGCUGUGUCUUGGUUUGUUGGCCUCGUCUUUCUCAUCGUACUUCUUUUCUCGGUCCAAGAUAUUGAUGCGGUCCUCAAUUCAACCUUUGAUAUGCCUGUGGCUCAACUUUUUUGGGACGCGGUUGGAUACUGGGGAACUCUAGGAUUUUUAUUCUUGAUGAUUGUCUGUCAAUUUUGCACUGGUGCUACAACUAUUACUGUUGCAUCCCGACAAGUCUACGCUUUGGCUCGAGACGGCGCAACCCCAAUGAGUGAAAGAUUGUGUGCUUUGGAUAGCCAAAAACUGCCUGCCAAUGCAAUUAUAUGUACAUCCGUGCUAUCUUGUAUUGUUGUCCUACCAUUUCCUCUGUCCGAGAAUUUAUUUGAAACUAUUGUUAGUGCAACAACUAUCACCAUUCAUUUGGCCUAUGGUAUUGUACUUGCCUGCCGAUUAGUUGCUCCACAACCCAUCAAAGGCCGAUUCUCUCUUGGCCGCUGGUCAAGACCUGUAACCUAUAUUAGUCUAGCAUGGACAAUGUUUGCAGUAUUGGCUUUCCUCUUGCCCACAUCGUGGCCCAUUCAAGCCAACAAUGCAAACUUUGCUGGUCUUGGUCUCUUGAUUGUAUUGGGAUCUACUUUCGCCUGCUGGAUAGGCUGGGGUCGCUAUCAUUACACUGGUCCACGGGCCACAACCGACGAUAUUUCUAAUGGCCUAUAAUUCUUUUAAUCUUUAUUUCUCUUCUUGUAUUCUUCGGCUGGGUGACAUUCUAUAGCCAGUUACCCAUCUUCAUAGUAAUAAUGUGUAUAAUUCUCUCCUUUCUUUCAUGUAAAUCUCUAUAUUAAACCCAUAAGGUGGAUACUGUACCGAAGCCUCUUAAUAAACAACACAAUAAUAGCAAU